CAAAUGCACGUGUUUGUAUCUUCUAGUUUUAUUUCUUUUAUAUGGUAAAGUUCUCAGUUCGCUCUGUAAGCAGACAAGCUAACUUCCGAGCUGAACUACAAACAGGCCAUAACGAUGCCAUCCACGUCUUUGGCGGAGCAGCUUCAGAAGCUUUCUGUGCCGCAAUCAUCAAUAUAUAAGGAAGAUAAGAAGAGGGCGUCAUUACUCUUCGACCCUAAAGAAGCGGCUUCUAAAGACCGAGAUACUUUUUACGAAAUCGGCCUCAGCGGUCUUAAAGAAUUAAUCGCUUUGUACGAAGGAUUCCGCGUGUAUGAAGAUGCCUUAUUCAGUGUAUCAUCUAAAGAUUUUGAGCGUGCGGUACAAACUAAAGAAGUGAAUCAAAAUUUGGAUCAGACUAUAGAAAAGUUUCUAUUCCAAUUGUCUCCAUACUUCCUCCUACAAUCAUCUCACAAAGCAUUAGAAUGGCUUGUCAAUAGAUACCACAUACAUCAAUAUAAUCAGGAUGCAAUCAUUGCACUCAUUCUUCCCUAUCAUGAAACUAAGAUCUUCAUUUGUUUUGUACAGCUGUUUAGACUGAAAGGUUCCAGGUGGGAUUGGUUGGAACCUGUUCAGAAACACAACAUCCCACUGACAAAACAAGUUCUUCACAACCAAUGUGUCUCAAACUCAUCUACAUUACAAUUCAUAGCAACAAAUACUUCUAAAUAUGUUACCGAAUAUGGAGAAAGAGCUACACAAUUGAACACAGUCUUUGCAUUCUUCUGUUCAACUGCUAUUGGAACUAUAAAUACAACGCAGUAUGUAAAUGAAUCAAUAAUAAGCACACUCCUGCCAACUAUCACAAAAGGCCUUGAAUCUCCGAUCAUAGACUUUAGAUCGUCUGCUUACGUUAUACUUGGUUAUUUAUCAACAAAAACAUCCUUCAGAAAGCAAACAAUAAAUGAGCUUAUUGUACGGUUACUGACUGCUGAGUGUGAUUUGUCGUAUGAUGUGGUUUUACUCAUAAAUGUAAUUUACACAAAUCAGAAACACUUAACAAAGAUGUCUGAAAAUGUUUUAUCAAAUAUUUCUAUUGAUGUCAUGCACGCUAUAUGCAAGCACUUGAAAAAAUUAGUUGAGCUCAAGAUAAAUAUUCAUGUGUUUAGUCUGGUGUUUUUGUCGAGUGUUGUGACCAUUUUGCAGAGGAAUAUUGAAGACUUUAGAAGGUUUUGUCAGUUGCCUGAGAUCUUUAUAGAUGAGGUUGACCUUAAAAAUCAGCAACCAGAAAAAAUUAUCAAGCAAAUACUAAAUGUUUUGAAAUGUUCCAAAAAUGAUGAACAGAAUGCAGAUGAAAGUGAUGUAGAAAUUAUAGAAGAUGAUAGUGAUGGAGAUGGGUUUUCUAGCAAAAUAAUAGAAUGGUACUCACAAUUUUUGAAGAACAUUGAGAAUAAGUAUCCAACUGCUUUUGACAAAGUUAUAAAAAAGGAAAUGAGUUCAGAAAGUAAAUUAUCUUCCAAGAAACAAAAGCAGCUUUCAAAAGUAUUAGGCUUCAAACCUGCUGUUGCCCACAAAGUUGGUGGGACUUAUCUUUUCGAAAAUUUAAACCAUGUGAAUCCAAAAUUAAGAGUAGAAGCUGUUAACUAUGUUGCUAAAGAAUUCCAAGCUUUGAAAAUAAAAGAUAAAGAUUUUCUCAAAGACUCCAUUAUUAACAGAUUUAAAGAUGACAACCCUGAUGUAGUUAAGGCUGCUCUAGAUAUCCCUAGCAAAAAUCUUCAAGAAGUUCUUGAUGCAAGUGACUUGACAGACUUACUUGUCCACAUUACUGCUAGAGAUGUAAACAAAUGGUUGCAUGUAAUAAAGAAAGCUAUAAGUAAAUUUUGCAUGUUGGACAAUCUGCCUGUGAACCAGAAAGUUGUUUUUUCUGUUAUGCCAUUCAUCUUUACCAAAGAUAAUGAAUCUGCUGAAUUCAUAUAUAACUUACUGUCAUCAGUGUGGGCUAAAAAUUUGGGACUGACGAAGAAAUCUGUUGGUGCAACUACUUUUAAAAACUACGAAGUUUUAAAUGAACAGAUAUUUAAAGCUUUAUUUGUUGAUAGGAAAGUUAUAUUAGAUCAUAUUUUUACUUCUAUUAAGUUGAACAAGGACAAUACUCUUGAUAUGUGCUUUUAUGUACUUUUUAAAUCAAGUUCUCCAAGCAAAUUGACUACACAAGAUGCAAUAGAGAUUUUGGAUAUUAUAUUGGAAUCAGUGGAGAAAAGAUCUAUAGUUACAAGUGAUGAAAAAACAUUUUCCUCCAAAACAUUACGGGAAUUUAUAAAACUCGCUAGAAAAAAUAAAAUUUCGUUCCAAGUAAUGGAAUAUGUUUUUGCAAGAGUUGUAGAUCAGGUUUCAGUUGAUGCAAUAACAAAACCUUGGUGUAACAUAUUAAAUACACAAGAAACAAUUCUAAUCAGACGAUUGUAUGAAAUAUUUAUAACUGGAUGUAGUAUAUUGCAUUAUAAUGAUAGGUAUGCGAAAUUACUACAAAAGCUUCUAGAUAAAUUGUUCAAUGGUCCAAAAGAUAAAUUUGAAUUUUUGGCCAAUUUUGCUUGUGGUCAUAUAUUGUAUGCUGUUGACCCAAAAGAUGUUAUCAGUCCAGAGCUUCAACUGAGGACUUUAAAAUUAAUGACAAAUUUUUAUAACGUAAGCAACAAUGCUGAAUGGAUAUACAGUUCAGAUGUUCUUAUUUUGACAAUACUAUUUGAUUUGAAUAAUCCUGUUGCACCGAUUCGACAGUGUGCAAUUCAACUUGUAGAAACUAUUUUGAACACUAAUCCAGAUAAAAAGUUAAUUUACAUGCAGUUGUUACAGCAGCUGAUGGAUCACAAAGAGGAGUUACUAUUGGAUCAUGAACAACUGCCACUAGUUUUGAAGACAGUUUUAACUAAUCAGUCUGUAGGUAAUAAAUUAUUUAGGAAAAAUUGUCUAUUGAAACUGACUGGAAUACUUACUACUGAAACGCCUUGUCAUAUAAAAACUGCUUUAGUAAAAGUUUUAUCUGGUGUUACUAAUGCUAGUACGAUUUGCCAAAUUUUCCCAGCAUUAAGCACUUUGGAGAAGGCUAUGAAACAAAAUACACUUGAUAAGAAAUUUGCUUUCGACAUAUAUGAGUCUAGUUUGAUUAGAAUUAUUUACAAUCAAAUAAAUGAAACAACAGUAUCAUCAUUUGCUAAAGAGGAGGUGUGGAAAUCUAUUGAAAUUGGUCUAAAAGAAUACAGAGAAUGUGUUUUGAAUGAGAACCAAUCUUUUGAGAGCCCUUGUAUUCUAAUACUAAGAGAAAUCAAUGAUGAUAUCUUUAAGAAAGUCCCUCAAGAAAAGUGUAAAGAUUUAAUCUACCUUAUAACAUUGGCUGGAGCUUUUAGCAAUAAUCCUACGAUUGCAAGUGCAGCAUCGAAGGUCAUGAAAAAAAUACACCUUCAUUUUAAGAAUUUCAAGUCUAUUCUAGAACAAAUGUUAAACACACCAGAUCCAGCAGUAAGUGUUCAUAAAAAGAAAAAGGCUACAAUGUCUAUGCUUUCCUAUCAAUUGGUUGAAACUGACGCAUGGCGCCUCGGGGUCACACUUCUGGAAUACGUCCAAAGCAAAAAGAAAAUGACAGUGGACACUGCAUUCGUAACGAUUCUGUUCCAGUUGCUUAAUAAAUGUCUUAGAUUUGAAGAGCAGUCUUACGUUGAAUACACCAAACAGUUACUACUUUCCUCCCUUUGGUAUUUCUGUAAGAAAUUCAUCAAUGACACAGAUAAAGAACAAUUGAAGUCUAUAAAAAACAUAUUUGAUGUUGAAACAAUAGUUCAAUGUAUAAGAGGGACACAAAAUCCUCAAACUCAACACCACGCGUUAAUUCUGUUGUCACACGCUGCGUAUAUGCUACCUGAACAAGUCCUCCAUCAUACUAUGGAAAUAUUUACCUUUAUGGGCUCUUCCGUACUCAGACAUGACGAUGCGUAUAGUUUCCAAAUCAUAACGAAAAUCAUUGAAACACUUAUACCAAUUCUUGUUAAAUUGGACAAAAACAUUGAAGAAUAUAAUGAAAAAGAAUUGCAACAUUUGGAAAAACGCGUCGUUCCUGUUCUACGUAUAUUCGCUGAUGUAGUUUUACAUGUACCAGAACAUAGAAGGUUACCUCUGUAUCAGAAGCUUAUUGAAACUAUCGGCCCAAGUCAGUUCCUUUGGAUCUUCCUUGCUUUGUUGCUAGAAACGCAUAUUGCCCAUUUCAAUGAUAGUAAAAAGAAAGACAAGAGGCCAUCAAGAACUUUAGCCGACCAAGAAUCACCAAUAAACAGAAUGGACUUUGGGCAGAGUAUUUUACUAGAGUUUCCACCAGAAGUUUGUCUAGAAAACUUUAUAAAACUAACAGCUUACAUGAAGUCUUUGCCCCUACAAAAAGAUGAGGAUUACAUGGAUACGAACGUCGAUUCCGGUGAUAUAUUCAGUUUAAGUGGUCAUACGCCAAUUCAAUUGAGACACUACAAAUAUGUGAUUGUCACUUUUAUGACCACUUGCUUAUCAUCCUCAAGGUUCAUCCAGCAUUGUAGUCAAGCGGUUGACCUUAAAGCAAUGGAAAAUAAUUACAAAACAUUUAUAAUAAAUAUUCUAACGUUCAUUCAGAGUAUAUCAAAAGUAGGUGAUGAGAAAACCGCGAAGUAUUGGCGUGUGAUGUUACACCACAGUUACGAUUUGUUGGAUCACACGAACAACUUGUUAUCUGCUCCUAUGUUUUUGUCUGUUAUUCGUGGCCUGUUAAAGCAUACUUUACAAACCGUUCGUCGGAAGGCAAUGGAGCUGUUGAACACGAAAAUACAGUUCAGUCCAGAAAUGUUCGCUGAUGUUGAUAAGACUUUGCUGUUCUCAUUACUUCCGGUUUUAUUAGACAUUGUUAAGACAAUUGAAGUGCAGAAUGGUAACUUGGACGAACAUGCAGCUCUUGAACUGGAACUUAAUCAACAGACAUCGCUUUUAUCUUUGAAACUUUUAACACGUAUGUUGGCUUCAGAAAAUCCAGGACAGUUUACUGCAGUUCUAGAAACUGUAACAAAUUACACGUGCAAUCCGAAUAUACCAGGAAAUGUCAUGGCAUCUAUUGUGCUCUGCUUGGCCGAAUUGUGCGGAAAUCUGAAAGCACAUGCAUUGAGUAGCUUAAGAAAGUUCAUGCCGGCUUUAAUUAAAGUUCUUAAGAAGCAACGGAAGGCUGAAACUCCCGAAUUAGUUCUGCUCAGCACAGUGACAGCUAUAUCCAAAAUUGUCGAGAGUUUACCUCUGUUUUUGAGCCCAUAUUUACAGAAGAUAUUGUAUGAAUAUGCAUUAUUGCUGUCAAAAUGGCAAGCCAGUGACCAGGAAUGUAGCAAAGUAUCCGCAAUUGUAUCAAAGCUUAUAAACAUCAAAAAGAAGAUCGCAAGCUCGAUACCUCCUCGAGUAUUGAUACCAGUGGCAAAUGAGACCCACCAAUUGAUUAUAGAGAAGGGAAACCUAGAUGCCAUUGGUCCUGUUAUGUCAGUUUUGGCCGACAGCUUCGCGAAUAUAACUACAGCUGAUUUUACAGCAUUGCAACAUGAUUUGACUUCGUUCUUCCUAUCUGCUUUGCAACUGCGAAGUGCGGGGUCUGAAAAGAUUUUGGACAUGAACGUCAUAGAUAAGGCUGAGGAAGAAGUGGUGAAUGCUCUCGUGAGUCUAGUUUUGAAACUCUCGGAGACCAGUUUCAGGCCUUUCUAUUUCAGAAUCUAUGAUUGGGCAAUAAGGUCCAAUGUUGAGGGACAUAAAGACAGAGCGAUAACCUUUUAUAGAUUGAGCAGUGCAGUCGCCGACAGGUUAAAAGGUCUCUUUGUACUAUUUGCCGGCCAUUUUGUUAAAAACGCAGCAGAACUAUUGGAUUCAUGCAACAACAGCAAAACUGAACAACUGUUCUUCAACUCUGAAGAAAAGUGCAUCACUCUGAUAAAUUAUAUUUUGAAAACGUUAAACAUUGUUUUCCUUUACGACAGCCAGAGUUUUCUGAAUAAGGAUAGGUUUGAGACACUAAUGCAGCCGGUUGUGGAUCAGUUGGAGAAUACAGUGGGAGGGAUUUCGAGCCUUAAGUUAAGGGCGACAAGCACUAUAAUCCCCUGUAUAUCUCAGUUCGCUGUGGCGAUUGCUGACGAUUCGCUCUGGAAACUUCUUAACUAUCAAGUGUUGUUGAAGACGAGGCAUAAUGAAGCAGACAUAAGGUUAACAGGUCUAGAAUGCCUCGUAUCAAUGGCGUCUCAACUGGGUAGCAGCUGGCUCCCUCUGUUGGCGGAGAGUGUGCCCUUCCUCGCGGAGUUACUUGAAGACGGCGAUCCUAGGAUAGAGGGCGCCACUAAGAACGCUGUACGGACACUCGAGCAAAUACUGGGCGAACCGCUAGAGAAAUACUUUUGAUGUAUACAUUUCUAGUACUAACAUACUAAAUAAGAAUAUAAAAAUAAAUUAGUAUUAAGUCUAAAGUGUUGUUGUUUUUUAUAAGUUUAAUUUUUGCUCAUCAAUUCAUCAUGAUUCAUCCAUCAAAACGAAAUAAUACUGAGUUACUGUAAUUUAUUUAUUUGUUUAUUUAUUAGAACAAGAACACAUUAUCACAUAACACAAUAGCAUACUAACUAUGUAAACUUGACUUGUCAACCGCGUACGCAAAAUUUAUAAAAAUAUAAAAGAAA